AUGGCACCGCUUUACGAUGGCCACGACUACUACAAGAGGAUGUUCGAGCUUCAGGAGAAGCUGCGGAAGAGCGAGGAAGACAGAAUACGACUGGAGGAGCGAUUCAACGUGCUCAUGCGAGAUUCUCGUAAUAGACACGAUGUCUGCAUAAACCGGUUGCGCAUGAGGUAUAUACAAUAUCUGGAGGAGCAACGCACGAGGGAUGAAAGAAAUCACAAGCUUCUCGCAGCGUUGGACAGAGUUAUGAACAAGCUCGCGCUGAUAGGCGCGAAAAAAGACAGACUUAAUGUUCUCAGAAAACAGUACGAGACUUAUCUGCUUCGCGCUUAUGCCAAUCACCGGCCACCCGGUAGCGUCACCGGGGACAGUGGCAUCGCGAGUCAGAACGAGGACAAAUACACGAAGAAAACCAUCGUGAUGGCACAUCCCGAUUUAGCGUCCGCGGAAACGAGAAGCGUUUCGUCACCGCGAGCGCAUCCGGGGGCGCCUGAUCCUCCGCAGUCGAGUCAGCCAAGGCCCAUCUCCGCGUCCAAGUUCCACGACCGAGUCGCCGUCAAUGCCUCGUUAAAUAAUUCGAUCUUGACGGCUGCGCCAUUAGGCGCAACCCUCGACGUCGAUCAUCGUCAGACGAGUGUUCCGCACGGUGGACCGCACAUUUAUGCCCAUCAAUAUCCGCGGAUGGUACCGUCCAAUUACGACGAAAGCGCGCCUCGCAAUCUCCAACAUGUCCCGGACAUUCGUGUUUCGUACGCGGAACCGCCGGUUUUGUCAAUGGACAAUAUGCAGCCCCAUGCUGUUCCCGCCAAUCGAUUCUUCAGGGAGCACGUGGAACCGGCGCAGGUCGCGUCCGGCUCCGCGGCGACCGCGCGAUUUCCCGCUGGAGACACCUCUCCGCGAUAUGUCGGAGAGACGUCGCGGAGCGUGCCUACUCCACGCCAAUUCGACCCCUCGACCUUACUCCGGUAUCACGACGCCAAUGUACUGCUGGCCGAUCCGCGAUCGCGGAUAAGAGAGUACGAUCCGUCCGCGACCGUGGGACCGACUUUGCGGGUGACCGGGAAAUCGAGUACGUACCGGACGGGACCCGACACGAACGUCGCCAAUCAGAUCGAUCCGCUGCCGGGAUACAUGGACUAUAUCCUGGCGAAUUCGCAUCAGAAGUCCGACGACGAGGGAUCCAUUCGUUCCAUCGCGAGCGACGAUCUGGACAGUCUGAUAAGGCGCAACGAGCGUUUGCUGUGGGCCAACGCGGACGCGGCCGUCAAGACUCCGCACCGAUCGCCGACCGCUUUGGGAAUCGACAACGCUAAUCUUAUAGACGACAGGACGGCGUUACUCGAGAACGAACUGGAUCGGUAUAUCAGCAAUAUCCGGAAGAUCCAUCGGCAGCACGGCAUACAGAGCUUGGAUGAGGCGGACCACGAGCAGAACACUAGCGGCGAUCUGUUGAACGUCUCCCUGUCGGAGGACGCUGUGGAGCUUCCGGCCGAGGACCGCGGGGCGAGGAAGGAGCGGGUGCCCGAGGAAAUGGGCAAGAUCCUGGCACUGGCCAGCGAUCUCGCGUCCAGGACGGCGAAUCUGAAGGAGGUCGCGCGAGAUUCGGCCGGGCAAGACGAUGGCACGCCCACGGAAGUCGACGGCGACGGAAUUAGACGUGAUCGCGAGAUUGCAAAAAGCGACGCGUUGGAAUUUAAAGGGAAACGCCAGGCUGAAGGACGCGCGGGGAACGAAAUUAGAGAAGACGUUGCGACACACUCGGCGGAAUUAGAUCGGCCGCGCGGAGACACGCGGAUUGCGAAAGAGAGCUGGAAUAACGCGGCCGAUUCAGCCGAGUCGCGAGCGCGCGAUCGGGAAAUAUUUACUAUAAAGAAAGAUGAUGCGAACGUGGGAAAGGCAACGCGAAUGGACGAGCCGAAAAAUGCACCGGAUGAGAAAGGAGUCGAUCUUGUAACGAGUAAAGAAUCGAAUAUCGACGGUCAGAUCGACGCCGUCGAGGAACUGGCGCCGUGGGACCUUGCGAGUGUGCAGAAAAAAGUUUGCGAGCUACACUUGGACGAGCCUGACGAAGAUCGAGCGGCGGGAAAGAAUGCCGAGGACACGAUGGACGAAGUCAGAAAGGAAAUCGCGAGCGAAUCGCCACGAUUCGUCGAGCAAAGCGGCACGGACGGUGAAGUGGAGAACGCGCGUUCUCCGCCGGACACGCUCCCUCGCUCGGACGUGGAAACGAAAAGAUCGGAUGCGAGCGAGGCGAGCGAGACCGAGAGGGAGAAGGAAACACGUGAACCUGUCGAGGACGCUCAAAACGUACCCUCUAGAGUUUCGAGUCAACAUUCAGUCGACGAACCUAAAGUCGCGUCGCAGCCCGACGAGGAACUUGGCGAAGGUGACAGACAGGAAUUGGAUAGCAAGGAUGAGACGACGGAGCAGCAGCUUCGAGUCGACGAUCAAUUCGAAGGCGUGGUGAAAGACGGUGAGUACGGCGUCGAGCAAGGAUACGUCGAGGAUCCGAGCCAAGCGCAGCAGUACGAGCGGCAAGAUCAGCAGUACUACGACCCGAACAUGCCGUACGAGGCAGCUGGUAACGAGGAGUACGAGAGAUACGCCGAUCAAGGAUACGCUCAGGCGGGUCAGGAGUACGUCGAGUACGUGGACGGCCAGUACGGGCAGUACCCCGAGGAGAGCCAGCAGUACCAACACUAUCCCGAGCAGUACGAGCAGGAUCCGAAUCAGGCGUACGAUUACGGCUACGAUCCGAAUCAGGGAUACGGCGACCCCGGCCAGCAGUACGACCCCGAUCAACAACAAGGAUACGAGAACAAUCCUGACAAUCAGGCGUACGAUUACGCCGAGCAGGUACCCUACGAUCCUAAUCAGACGUACGACAGCGCGUACGGGCAGGAGUACAAGGAGGAGCAGCGCGGUCCCGACGACGAGGAACGAUCUCGCGCGGCGGAACCGACGGAGACGCGGGAUGAGGUGGAGCAGAGACAAGUGGACCCGGACUCGGAGCACAAAUCGGAGAACAUCGGGGAUGAGGAUAAGUCGCAACGGGCGGACGUUAACGGGGCGAAUCAGUCGAAGAAGAAGAAGGACGUGAUCAAGUCCCUGCUGGAUUCCGACACGGACACGACGAUCGAGAGGAAUGUUUCGAACACGGAGAGUGAUUUCGAUUUCAAUUAAUUAGAUACACGCGACGCAUUCGGGUGAACGUCGAAUUCGUUAUUUCAAUGAAGAAAAAUUGCGACGACGCGAUCUCGCUAACGAGAUAAACGAGAUCUCGCGUCCUCCGAUGUCGACGUGAAAUGCCGACGUGAAUAUAACCGGCGGUGAAAAGAUGCGGGUAAGAACAAUGAUUCUGAUUUCGAUUGAAUGGCGCGACGAGGGGAAGAAGACGCGCUGUUUAGGUAGGUAUGUAUACAGGUGCAAGAUAAACUAGCGAACGUCAGCGAGAUGUGAUCCGAGGACGGGCGCGAAUCUUGAGUGAAUUUCCAAAAAAAAAAAAAAAAAAAAAACGAACUUCAGUUCAUCUCGCGAGAGAUAUGCCUGGGAUAUGGACAGUGAAUUUAAUUUUAAUUACAGUUGCAAUUAGAGCCUACGAGUUGUAGCGUAUAUAUACGGCGAGAAUAAUUAGUUUCGUUGGAAUCCCGCUUGCUACCGUAAAUAUCAUAUUUACAUAUGUAGCCGUAGAAUAAAAUGGUGAGACAAGAUGCGAA